AGCUAAUUUAGAGAGAAGCGAAAGUGCAGCGUUAAUAUUGCGUCCCUGACUCCGGCCGCGUCACUCAUCAAGGGUCAAGCAAGUCGUCAGGAGUCCUUGGCUUCCCUGGUUCUAUCGACCAAGCAGCCGAGGGCGAGGAGGUGAGGCUGCGAGGGCGACGUGACGGACGCAGGAAGUGAGCUCAGCUCCCGGGUGCCGCCGAGGCUGCAGCUGCCGCCCUCAGCCUCCAAUAUCGGUGCCCCGCCGGCUGCAGCAUCUACUUUAUCGUGUGAUCCUGCUGGAAGGCGGCCCUCUGCUGGGCGGCUGAGUGGAGCCUGCAGAAGCGGCGAGCAGGCAGGAGGCCAGUCGGCGCCCAGGCACACAGUGGCACCACUUGCCCAAAGCUGAAGUAGUGAUCAGGAUAUUGGGCAUCUGCCUCCCGCCCCCACCAGCAACACGACCUGGCUCCCAGAUGGCUGCCGGCCCUCGCCCGCUGCCCCGCCCCCCCCAAAGCGCUGCCCCGUCACCGUCGUCAGCUCUCAGGACUUGGUCACAGUGUCAGAGUGAAGAUCACCGCGGCAGACGAUGGAAAUAGGAGGCGUGCAGCAGUCACAGCCUCCGCUUCGUCGUGCUGCUGCCACUGCUGUUGCUGCUGCUGCAGCCGCUGAGACUCUUCCUGCCGGUGGUGUCGCUGCUGCCCGUGGGGGCGGUUGGGGGGUGGCCGCUGUGUGGUGCUAGUAAAAAACGGAACAGUGUCCCUCGACCACCAGCGGGGCAGCGUCGCGUUAGGGCCGAUGAAGAAGAAAUAGUAGAUCAAUGUGCCUUUGGGACGCCGUGGUCGGGGCCACCGUGCUGAGUGCUGACGCAGCCGCUGGCAACUCUUUCCCUAAAGAAGCCCAGACUGUCGCAUAAUAUCUUUACACUUGAAACUGUGAAGUACCCACACACAUAGUGACGCAGUCGCUCGCUCGGCAGGACUUAGGUUUUGAUACGACGAGUAGCAGCAGAGUAGACCACGUCGGUAGUCCUUGUUUUGUACCGCGACUUUUUAACGUUUGUGGUGGUGUGCGUAUCGUGGACCACCGCGGCGCCACGACCAUCCUGGGCUGUGUGUGUGUGCGUGUGUGUGCGUGUGCGCUUGUGUGUGCGUGUGUAAGGCCGCAGCGGCCAUGGUGUCACGCGUCAGUCCCGCCCCGGCUCGUCUGCUCGCCGCCGCACCUCACCUGCUCAAUACAGAUGACUAGUUAAUGUUGACGAGCUUAUCAGGAGGCGGUGGACGUGGCUGAGAGGGAGGUCGCAGCGUCCUGCCGCCGCCUCGACACUAACGCCACCACUCCACCAUUCUGACAAUCCUGUUAUAUUUAUUUUAUUAUUAAAUAUUGUUGUUUGUCGGACUGUAGCGGGAAAACUUGGGUCCUCGUUAUCUGCAAGGAGUUAGUGAUACAAAUUUUGUACAUACGAGUAGCCGGCUGCCUGUUGAAGCACUAGUGUUUACAUUUUCUAAGUAUUUUAGUGUAGCGUUUUGUAACUGUCAGGCCGUGUCCUCGAGGCCCGCCCUCCCCCGCUCACAACAGUGUGAUCAAAACCUUGCUGGUCAUCCACUACACUUAAGGCGAGACUGCUGUGACGUGCGGAGCUUCCUGGACGAUGAUUGGCUGACGUUUGGUGCUCACUUCAUUGGCUCAUAAUAGUUGUCAUCGACCUCUCGAGUGCUCACUUGUCACGGUCGUUCUCCAGGUUGUUACCUUCUCGUGAUCCAGGUCGUGGCUGGUCAGGUUCUUGUUGGAUAGUGUUGACCUGGCGAGCCUUUAGUUCCUUACUGUCUUGUUUGUACUCACCUGUUCCGUGUUAGAGUUGAUCGUUGUUUUCAUCUUUUACAUGUCGUUCUGGUGACGUGUUUUUGUCGCCAUUGUCCUCAAGUGACAAGUCGAGGUGCUAUCUCCCACACAGCAAGUUUCCUGCCCCCGGCCACUCCUCCACCAGCUCAAGCUUUAUAAUUAAUUGCCGGAGGAGAGGCGGAGGCUUGGAGUUGUUUGUGUCUGCUCACCGACACGAAUUGCUGCUCACCUGUUGAGGCAGCAGCGGCAGUGGAUCAGGUGGAGAGUGAGGGGCCGGUGCUCUGAGGCAGCCUAAUUACCCGUUCUGGAGGCCACACGUCGCCGCCGGGAUGAGCCAGCCACCGGCCAACCCUCCGCGCCGGGCCGUCCCGAAGGUGUUCCGCCGACAGAAUAGCUUCGCCGGCUUCCCCAGCGCCUCCCUCACUAUCUUCAACAACAAUGCCGCCAACAACAAUGCCACCACAAACAACAACAACAAUAAUGGAAGAUAUGCGAAUAAGCCGGUGCUCGCCUCCACAACCGCCACCACGGGGACCGUGUCGGCGUCCGUCCCGGCCUCAGCAGCCGUGUGCUCCCCAGCUACCUCGGGGGCGACAGUCCUGUCCGCCUCUCUGGCCGGCUCAACGCCUCCCCUGCUGUCUGUGUACCAGCCGACCCCCGCCGCCAAUCGGCCACCGACGGGGUUCUAUUCCCUCCCCAGACACAACCGCCCCGGCCACCUUAGCAGGGCGUUAGGCGUGGGCUUCCACUUGCUGGCCAGGACCACUCCCCCGGGGUCCUCGGGACCCACGGCAGCGGAACAGCUGGGAAUCAACGCGCCAUCACUCCCGAAGUCACACCGGAGGAACCUGAGUGAAGGAGGAAACACUGCCGGCGUCCUCACCGCACUCCCGGUGACGUACGGUUCUCUCUCUCGAAACAAAAGCUCAAACAGAGACGCGUCGGCGUCGGGAAGCUCGUCAGGCAGCGGAGAGAUAAAAUUCAAAUCUUCCUCGAGCAAGCGCAGCAGCAGAGAGGGAGAUGGUAAGCAGCGUCGCCGAGACCCUGACUACCAAUCACUUCCCCGCCGAUCCUCCAAGGACCACUCGGCCAAGAAGUCUUCAAAGGAAAACGACCCCAAGAACCAAAACGCCUCGAAGCGCUACGAACCGGAGCCCAAGUUUAGAUCUCUCCCCAGGAGGCACGACGGGGAGCUGAGGUACCAAGUGUGUCCUACCAAGAAGAGCGAGGGUGACCCCAAGUACCAGUCGCUCCCCAAGAGGCACAGCUCGGAGCCCAGGUACCAAACCUUUCCCAAGAGACGCGAUGCAGACUCGUCCAGCACCCACCACCCGCCCUCGCCGAAGAGACGGGGAACGGAACCUGCACAGCAACUUUCGUCCCCGAAGAGGCGCGAAACGGGUCCGGGUGCCCUUCCCGCCUCCCCUAAGCGGCGGGACAUGGGCCUGGAGCAUCUCCCUUCCUCCCCGAAGAGAAGAGAUUCCUCGGACACGAGCCAACAAACCUCAUCGCCCAAGCGUCGCACUUCCGAGCCCAAGUACCAGCCUCUGCCUCCCCCCAAGAGGUAUGACAUCGACCCCAAGUACGAAAUGCUGCCCCUAAAGCGCCCAGAGGUGGACAUCAAGUACCAAACAGUCCCGCAGAAGAGGCACGACCCAGAUGCACGUAGGUUCCAGGACGCUCACCCCAGAACCUUCGGCAUAGACCCAAAAUACCAGGCGCUUCCCCCCAAGAGGUACGACUUUGACCCCAGGUAUCACCCCAUCCCGCCCCCCAGGUAUGAAGCGGAGCCCAGGUACCAAACUAUACCGCCUCCGAAGAGACGAGAUCAGGACUUCGGGUACCCGCCGCUCCCACCUAAAAAGUUCGGGGUCGACCUUCGGUAUCAGCCACUCCCUCUUCGCCACGACCCCGGCCCGAGGUACCAGACAAUACCACCGAAGAGGCAUGACAUGGAACACCGCUACCACUACAUCAGCCAUCCCCCGAGGCCAGACAUGGACCCCAAUUACCAACAGCUUCCACCAAGGAGGCCCGAUCUGGACCCGAAGUACCAGCAGCUCCCUCCCAGAAGACCUGACUUUGAUCCUCGAUACCAACAGUUUCUUCCUAGGAGGCCAGACAUUGAGCCUCGAGAACAGCCUAUGCUCUCUAGACCCGAUAUCGAACCAAGGUAUCAACAAUUACCUCCAAGAAGGCCGGAUAUUGAGCCACCGAGGUACCACCAGCACCCACCUCCAGGAAGACCGGAUAUCGAACCCCGGUACCACCACCACCACCAUCACCACCACCAGGGACGACCGGACAUUGAGCCAAGGUACCAACAAUUACCGAGACCUGAUAUUGAGCCCAAGUACCAGCCACUGCCACCACGGCCUGAUAUUGAACCCCGGUACGCCCAGAUACCCCCUAGGCGGCCGGACAUUGAGCCAAGUUAUCAGCCUCUCCCUCCACGGCCGGAUAUCGAACCCAAGUACCAACAAUUACCUCCGAGAAGACCGGAUGUAGAGCCGAAGUACCAGCCGUUGUCGAUGAGGCCAGACAUCGAACCCAAGUACCCGCAGCCAGGAGCAAUGGAACCCAAAUACCAACCCCUUCCAAUGAGGCCCGAUAUUGAACCCAAAUACCAGGCGUUCCCACCCAGACCCCCAGAUAUUGAGCCCAAGUAUCAACAGCUUCCCCCCAGGCCCCCUGAUAUCGAAUCCAAAUACCAGCCUCUACCUCCUCGUAUUCCCGACAUGGAGCCACCGAAGUAUCAGACCCUCCCACCCAGAGCACCCGACAUUGAACCCAAAUACCAAGCGCUUCCCCCAAGAGCACCAGAUAUCGAACCCAAAUACCAGACGCUCCCUCCCAGACCCCCUGACAUCGAGUCCAAGUACCAGCCUCUGCCUCCAAGAAUACCUGACAUAGAACCCCCGAAGUACCAGGCAGUACCGCCCAGAGGCCCUGAGAUGGAGCCCAAGUACCAACAGUUUCUCCCAAGAGGCCCCGACAUCGAGCCUAAGUACCAGCAGCUGCCGCCUCGCCGCCCCGAAGGAGAUUUCCCCCCGCGCACCGAGUGUGAGCACAAGUUCCACCCUCAGCCGCCCAUGUUCGACUACGAGUUCAAACCCAUCCCGACCAUCAAGCCGAACUAUGAGCGGCCGUACCACAUGAUGCCCAUGCCCAUACCUUUGAGGCAGCCCGACGGGGACGCCCACCCUCACCCCCCCGUCAGCGUGGACACUCACGCCCCUCUGAAGAUCCAGCCACAGCCGCCCAAGCCUCUCGGGGCCAACGCCGUGCACCCGGUAACCACCCAGCCCUCGCGCGCCGGCGAGCACCAUCACCACCACCAUCACCACCACCAUCACCACCACACCGUGCCGACCCAGCCCCAGCCGAAAGUGCACCAGCCUGAGCCUCUGUACGGAGCGCAACGGCCCAAAACUCAGGGCGGCUUCCCUCUCUACGAAACCAUCCCUGCCAAGCAACCCUCGAUCGAGCCCGUGCCUGCCAAGGUCCCGGGUGUCAUACCGCUUUACGAGGGCAUCCCACCGAGGAUCUCUCUGCCCGAGGCCGUGCCCAUCCCGCCUCAGGUGAGUGAGCCUGACCCUCUGUACCAGGCCAUCCCGCCUCCCCUGUCUCCUCUCAAGGCCGAGGAGCCGCCCGAGCCACUCUACCAAUCAUCCCCGCCCAAGGCCAUCGCCACCGAGCCCUUGUACCAGUCCUCCCCCGAUGGCCUGGAGUGUGACCCGGUGUACCAGGCCGUGACCCCACAGAUGAUCCAGGAUGUCAAGUCCAACUACCAGCUCCUGCAACAGAGGAAGCUGGAGCAGGAGGCGAAGGGCAUCUCGGGUCCCAAGCGGUCGACCAAAGGGGACAAAUAUCACUCGCCCACCAAACGCACCUUCAGGGAGCGUGACGCCGAGGCCAAGGCUCAGCAGGCUAAAAAAGCCUCCAAGGGGGAACCCAAAUAUUCUUCUGUGUCGAAGAAAAAAGACAAGGACAAAGACAAAGACAAGGACAAGGAAAAAGAAAAGGAUAAAGACAAGGAUAAGGAAAAGGAAAAAGAAAAAGAAAAGGAAAAAGAUAAGGAGAACGAGAAGCCUCAGCCACAGCCCAGACGGUCACUGGCGCGCCGCGAAACUCCUGCUGCUCCGCUACCGUUCCGCUGGACGCCCGGCGACGACGACGGCAUCUACUCGAGCCUCGAGUACCCGAGCGAGGGACCCCGCAGCGGCGGGCCCAGCGAGGACGAAAUAUACUCCAGCCUCACCACCACCGACGACCCCGUCUACCAGAGCGUCAGCGAGGCGUCCUACUCGCGGCCCGUCCCGCCCCUUCCGGCGCCCCUGCGGUACAGACGGCGUGCCGACGACGCACCGCCCCCACUUCCCCCGCCACGCCUCACAACCGGGCCGGUGGGUUCUCACAACCCUCUUGUGUCCCCCUCGACCCCGCCCGUGGUGCCGGCUCGAACCCAGCGUGCCCCGGGGUCUGGCCAGCGGGCCUCCUACCCCGGGGACAGCAGCACCAGCCCUAGCCCGGAGAACAUCCUGACGCAGUCGGCGCCCUCGUGGCCGCAGCGAAAACAGCGGUCUGACAAUGAUGAGAUAUACUCCUCCAUCCCGUCACUCAUCAGCUCCACGCCGGAGUCCCCUCCCGCCACGCUGCCGCGGGCCGCCCAGGCCGGCCGCGUCGCGCCCUCCGCCUCCUGGAACUCAUUGGGCUCGUCCUGCAGGUCCUCCUGGGACUCCCUUGGGUCCUCCGGAAGGUCUGAUGGCAGCAGCGCGAGGCAGCGGCGGCGGCGUGCGCGGUCUGACCCCCGGAUGGACGCGGGCGUGCUGCACCGGCUUGCCUUCACCAUCUGGCACACAGCUUUGCACAUCGAGAAAGAGAACAACAAUGAAGCCCUGACGUCACACAAACAACCAACCAUAAGCAGCAGAAACACACAGUCGGCGGCGAGGCUCAACCGUGUGAUGGUGGGCGGCGAGGGGGGCGGCGGGGGGGGCGGGGGCGGCUCGAGGAUGGAUGUCGUCUACGUCACCGAGCGCAUCAUCUCCCUCGCCUUCCCCCCCGCCCUCGACGACGCCACGUACACGCUCCAUCUCCGCGAGGUGGCCCACAUGCUGUCCUCCAAGCACGGGGACAACUUCAAGGUGUUCAACUUGUCUGGCUGCGGGGAGGUGAGCCACUUCCUGCCCCGCGUGUUGGAGCUGGGAUGGGCUGACCAGCUGGCCCCCGCCCUCGAGAGACUCUGUUCCAUCUGCAAGGCGCUGGACUCAUGGAUCACACAGCACCCGCAGCACGUCGCCGUCCUCCACGCCAGGGGAGGCUACGAGAAGCUGGGCGUGGUGGUGGCGGCGUACAUGCACUACAGCAACAUCUGCGCCUCCACGGACCAGGCGCUCGACCGAUACGCCAUGAAACGCUUCUUCGACGAUAAGAUUGGCCAGCUGUACCACCCAUCCCAGAAGAGGUACGUCCAAUACUUCGCUGGCUUGCUGUCGGGGGUGAUCCGCAUCAACUCUAGUCCACUGUACCUGCACACCCUCACCCUGGACGGGAUCCCCCACUUCGAGCCCCGAGGAGGGUGUCACCUGUUCAUCAAGAUCUAUCAAGGGAUGACUCCGAUAUACACGUCAGGGAUCUACAACCUCACCGAGACCAUGAGGCAGGUUACCAUUGUUUUCGAGACCGGCGUGCAGCUCCGCGGGGACAUCCUCCUGAAGGCGUACCACCGGAGACUGCUGCCGGCGUCCAGGGAAGUGAUAUUCAGGAUGCAGUUCCACACUUGCACCGUCUCCGAGAAGAUCCUGUCCUUUACGAGAAACGAUCUUGAUGACGCCUGCAACGACAUGAGGUUCCCCCUGGACGGCAGCGUCGAGCUCUACUUCACCCACUCCCCCGAAGAGCGGCCUCGAACCGUGUCCAACGUGAGCUGCGACAAGUCCCCGUGCGCCAUCGCCUCGUGGGACUCCUACGAGAACAUCAACUUCACGGUGGAGCAGGUCGACGAGCAAGGUGUGGCGGGUGUGAGCGGUGUGAGCCACACUUUGGGCCCCCUGGACGGCUCCCUCUACGCGACGGUCACCAAGAAGCGUCAGCCGCCCCCGCCGGCGUCACCGCACUCGCCGGUGUCGCCACAAGCCCCCGCCGCCCACACGCCCUCGCCCCACGGACUCGUCAACGGCCGCUACGCCGCCUCCAUAGACUCCGGCAUCGCUUCCAGUAACUCCGCGGGCGCGGCGCCGGUCUCCCCGCCCACCUCAGACACUUCUCAGGCGUCUGGAGAAUCCCGCGCCACGGCGGCGGCGGUGGCGACGGGGCGGAUGGGCCCUACGGGGGCCCCGCCCCUUGUGGACGCCCGUCAGCUGGACGAGCUGCUGCAGGGAAUGCUCCUCGACAUCCAGAGCAUCCCCGACCUGCGGCCCGGCCAGACGCCGGCGCCGGACAUAGACUCCAUCAAGUGUCCGGACUUCAGCGUCCCGCCCAAGACUGAGGCCCGGGGUAGCGCGGCGGGCAGGAGCGCGGCGCCGCAGUACGGGGGCAUCCAGUCACCGCACUCCCCCGUGAACGGCUACAGCGGCUCCACCACCCACGACUCCCUGCUGGACACCUCCCUCAGCACCAACAAUGACGAGCUGCCUUACCACGCUCGCACCGACAGCAAACCCUUCAGCUACGGCGCCGUCACCUCCUCGCCGCUGCUCAGCCGCCGCCGCACCACCUCGGAGGGCGGCGACGGGUCUCAGGCACCGCCCUCGCCUUCCAUCCACCGCCGUAACUCCCGGGAGGCGUUGGGGCAGGCCCGUGCUGGGCUGGAGUCCCCCAGACUGGUACGACGCAUGUCUGGCACCGUCGGUGGCACCCCCGGCGACAGCAUGACGGGCACCAGGCGGUCACCGUCCAGGUCACCGUCGCCGGAGCCCGGGAGUCGCGGCGGCACCCUGCACCGGCAGCGCUCGCAGACCCUCACCACCCGCAUUAUGGGCCUCGGCGAAACCACGCCCACCUCCACCCUCACGCGCUCCGAGCACGCCAAGUCUGCCUCCAGACUCGACGACUCGCUGGACUUCUCUUCGCUGGACCACCACAGUCGCAGCCUGAGCAGCACCAGCAGCAACAACCUGUCAUGGCUUCAGAUGCAGCAACGCAAACUCGCCGAGAGGAGGGAGGCCAAGUACAGGGCAGAGCGCGGCCCGCAGGAGGCCCGCAUGCUGUCCGAACUGCGCACCCGCAUGACGCAGCAACAUCGCACGGCCGUCACCUCCAAGGACUUCGAGGAUGGCUACGUGAGCGACACCACCAUGCGCUCGGAGACCUCCCGCGAGUCCUCCCCGGUGAAGACAAUGGCCCCCCUCACCAUCAACACCGGAGUGGCCCCCAGCACCACCCCGCAGAAGCCCCCCAUCGCCCACUCCACCCCUGCACGAGGAAACUCCGCUCCCUCGUCUCCGAUCCUGCCAACCAGGUCAGCCUCACGGGAACGCAUGAUGGUCAGAAACAACAUGAGCACCAGCAGCCAGCGAAGUCUUCCCAGAAAGUACUCCGACUCGUCCGACAAAGAGAGGCCCUUCGUGGCGGUGAGGCGCGCACACGAGAGCGCCAAGCCCGGGGAUGGCAUGGACUCCUCCUCAGCCCUCAGCCAGCUUCAGACGUCGCCUCACGGACACAUCAACUACUCAUCAUAUUCAUCAUCUCAGGCUGACGGUCUCCUCACCACGGUUGUUUCGUCCUCAAACCAGGAGGGACUGGACUCACUUGAUGCCCUGAGUGCCACCUUGGCCAGUCUGGGCACCCCUACUCACCCCCCAACCUCUACUACCUCACCGCUCAACCCCAUAAGCAGCACCACCACAACCACCAUCACCACCACUGCUGUCACCACUUCUGCUGGGUCACAAUCAGUUCAGAUGGCUCAAACAUCUCAGAGCCGAGAAGAAACCUCCUGGCAGAGUGACACAGAGGGCAGCAUUGGUGGCACCCGCCCCAUCACCCCAGGCUUCCCACCCGCCACCCCAACAACACCUUACCUCAACCAGGGACUGCCGCCCAAGAGCCCAACGAUGCAGCGAAGAGCGCACCUUGGCCUCUCCUCUCUAUCGACCAGACCUCCCGUCAAAAAGUCUGCAUCACUUCCCAGCAAGGAGAUGGGUAUGCGCAGCCCCUCACCAGCGACCUCCCAGGCCCUGCGACAUGAACUGAAUGGCCACUCCAGCCCGGCUCCUUCCCUCUACCACGGACAGUCCCGCCGCUCUUCACUGACCUCCCUCAACGAAUCCACGGAGGUCAUUUCUUCUCACCCCAAGUUCGUGAAAGAUAUCUCCAAGUUCUGGUACAAACCCACCAUAACCAGGGAUGAAGCCAUAUCAAUGCUGAGAGACAAAGCUCCCGGCACCUUUGUUGUCCGAGACUCCAACUCGUUCCCCGGGGCCUUUGGUCUGGCCCUGAAGGUGUCCACGCCACCCCCCAAUGUGGCCAGCAAGUCCAGCGACCCGGCCAGUGAGCUGGUGCGUCACUUCCUCAUUGAGCCGACCUCAAGGGGCGUGCGGCUCAAGGGAUGUGCCAACGAACCUGUGUUUGGUUCCUUGUCGGCCCUUGUGUACCAGCACUCAAUCACUGCUCUGGCCCUGCCCUGCCGCCUCAUGUUGCCGGAACGAGACCCAGCCGGGGGAAUAGACACUGUAGACAGUGGUGCCGGCACCAGCAGUGGCAGCAGCAGCUCUGCCAGCCAGCUGCUGCAACAGGGAGCUGCCUGCAAUGUGAUGUACCUGUAUACGACAGACACUGAGAGCCUGACAGGUCCCCAGGCUGUCAAGAGGGCUGUCAACAUCAUGCUGGCAUCAAAAAUAACUCCCACUGUCGUGCACUUCAAGGUUUCUGCACAAGGCAUCACCCUCACAGACAAUGAGAGGAAGCUGUUCUUCCGCCGCCACUACCCUGUCAACACCAUCUCCCACUGUGGCCUGGACCCGGAGGACCGGCGGUGGACACACAAGAGUGAGGAGGGCACCACACUGGGGUCCCUGCGAAUCUUUGGAUUUGUGGCCAAGAAGGGAGCCAGCAGGACUGAGAACCAGUGUCACAUCCUGGCUGAGCUGGAGCCCGAGCAGCCUGCAACAGCCAUCUGCAACUUUGUGACCAAAGUUAUGAUGACCAGCGUGAGCCGACCCAACCUGGUGUAGCCUGGCCGGCGGUGCGUGGCCCAGGCACCACAGACACACAGACACACUGUUCGCUGAGCCCCGUGUGGCAGAGUGUACCGAGCUGCAGCCAGGGCGGGGCUUUCCUAGCGUGUGCGCGGAUAGGUUGUAAAUAUUAUAAUAUUAUCUAAAUUAUGUAUCAAAUGUGUUAAGAUGCAGAGUUGGAUCAGAGGCUGUUUUUUCCUUUGACUUACUGUGCACUUCUCUAUUGAGGUAGAGAACUGUUAUGUAAUAGAUUAAUUUGAAAAAAAAUACAAUCCCAAUUAUCAAAGAUGUAUUCAGGGAGCAUAUUUAUUACCUAAAGAGCAUAGUAGUGAUCACUAUCUGAACUCCGCAUAAGAAUAGGUCAAAUGGGUACCAGUAAUGUGAUAAUAUUAUGCAAGGAUUCACAGGAUUAGAGUGUUCAUCGCCCCCCUAAGGGAGUAGCCUAGCUGGGUAGAGUCUGGUAAUCAAAGUACACAAGUGAACUUUUCUAGGAGACUUGAUCUUGUUAUAACACUAAGAACCUCUCGAGGGACGUAAGCCAUGCGACAGACAGGUUUCGGUCGUGUUGUGUCAUUUUCUAUCUGCACAUGUAAAUAUCAUUGUGACUCAUUUUCACACAUUUCAUGUGUUUAACAAUCAAAUGAACUUGUCUCAUUGUUUUGCUUUAAAUGUGUUUUGCAGAGAUUAUUGCCGGCCAACGGGCUACACUUUAAUACUUGGCUAGUGUUGAUAUGUGAGCCACUUCAUAUUUUAUUAAUGUGUGAAAAAUUCUGUUUGUAGUAUAUGCAAUAAUGAUUAUUAAGUCUUGCUUUUAUUAUGCACUUCAGAAUCAGUAUACAAGUAAUCAAUGCUCUGAAAAAUUAAAUAAUUAAUUAACACAUUUGCAAAUAAGUGUAUUAUUUGUAUUUAAUGUAAAUCUACAAGUGUAGCAUGCAUAAACCUAAGGCUGACUCACCCGUGACUAUGACUGUAAAUUUUUUUGUAUCUAGUGACUAAUCUAUGGCAUUUUCUCCCUUGUAUUGGCAGCCCAAAACACACACACACACACACACACACACACACACACACACACACACACACACACUCACAUAGUCGGACAGUCAGUUUCCCAGGCGUCUUUUAAGUGUUUUGUACAUAAUGUCCAUAUGUUUGAGAUAGUAAAAUGAAACUUUUGCCAGUUUUUAAUAUUGUAAAUCUUACUUCCUUACUCUAACUUCCACCUUCUGGAUGAAAAGACAUUUACGCAGCACAAUAGAAUGUUAUAAAAGAUUUAUAAAAGCCAUAAAAUGUUCAUAGCGAUAGCAUUUGUAUACCAGUCGUUGUGGUACAUUUAUUCUCUAUGACUAGUGCUAUGUUCAUUGAUACUUGCCAGGUGAGAGAGAGAGAGAGAGAGAGAGAGAGAGAGAGAGAGAGAGAGAGAGAGAGAGAGAGAAUUAUGAAGUAAUAAGGAAGCAGUCUGUUCCUUCAACACAUGUAAGGUGCUUCUUAACUCAUGCAAAUGACCAUUUCAAGCUUCUUCCAAAAAUAAAGAACAACUUCAA